CCCCCUGCUCUAGUAGUACAGUCUGCAGGGGGAGGAGAUCACAGACAGGACAGACAGCUGAUUCCCAGCUACAGCCAGUGGAGGCAGAGGCAUCUAUACACCAUCCAUCCUUCUCCUCCUCCUCUGCUGGAUCCUAUACACGGGAAGAAGAUCGGAUCCCAGGGCUGUCAUGUGUGAUCCCCACAGCUGAGCACCAACCAGAACCCCACACAGGACUUCUGAACACCAACCAGCACCCAUCAGACUGCAGCACCAUGGCAUUCAGUCCCUGGCAGAUGCUGUCACCCGUCCAGUGGGCGAAAUGGACCUGGUCAGCAGUGAGGGGGGCAGGAGGAGAAGAGGGCACCGAGGACGAGGAUGACCACUGCCAUGAAUCUGGCUCCGACUCUGAGGGAAACUUUGACACGCCUGAAGCAGAAACUCCAAUCUCCUCUCCAGUGAAGGAGCGAGAAACGAAUAAAGUUGUCACAGAACUCUUCUCAGAUUUAACUUUAAAUGAUAAUAACAACCUAUUAACUGAUAGCACCUUGGAAACAAACUUUGGUAAGAAGACAACCAGUGACUUGGAUAUAGACAAGGAUCUAGCUGUGUCUGAGGUUUGCACUGUAGAUUCCAUUACCAGGAUUUCGGUGGGAGAUGAUAAAGAGUCCCCUGUUGACAAUACUGGGGCCCGGCCUACAGAAGAUUCAUCUGUAGAUAAUGGUUUUCUGGCACAAGAUGACCAAGGCAAUGACACAGGAGUUCAGCAGAAGGUAAUCGACAAAGAAAGCUUGAAGGACGUUGGUAAAGAUUUCCUCAACAACAAUGGCCUUCAGACAGACAAUGCGACAUCAGUGGAUACUUCUGAAAGAGAUUUUAACAAUCAGGACUUUGUAAUGGAAACAAAUGACAAUAUCAAGAAAGAUUCCCCAAAGAGAGUCCGGAAAUCCGUGAGCAAACUUCCAUCCAGGAUACAAAAGGAUAGUUCUAACAGGACAAAAAAAGCUGGGCAGGAGGAGAAGAACCUAGAGAUGAAUGCAGAUUUGGAUGACCAUCCCCUCCCCAAAUCGUCCUAUAAUUCUGAUCCCAACCAGUGGGAAGACCCCAACUUCAACCCUUUUGGAGGAAACUCUGCCUUGUCUUCAUCUCCUACUGUUACAAAAGCACCUUGUGGAUUCAACAAAGAUCUAAGUGAUGGCCCUUUGGAUCAUCCUAAACUAUGCAAGACCCUCUCUGGUUCAGAAACCAAUCUUGCCCAGGAAACUAGACCAAGGAGAGGAUCGGGAAGUCCCAGAUGUUCGCCAAAGUUGGGUAGAUCCCGUCUAAUAACGAACAGCUGCAAAGUGCAGAAUUAUGAGGGAUCAUCUCUGGUUCUGGAUGUCUGCAACCAGCAAGAAGACGAUUCUCCUAGCAUUGAGAAGCGAGAGGGCCAUGCUACGGAUGAGGAGAAACUAGCGUCGGCUCCAGUUACCAAGCAGGCGGACGUGGGGGUCAAGGGUCACCACGAAGAAGAACAGGAGUUUUUUGAGUGUCCUAAUGAGUCCGCAUCAGGUACAGGCCUUGCAAAGCCUCCACCUGCAGGGGACAAUAACCUGAACUCCCAAAUAAGCAGCUCGGUCAGCUUAGAGAGUCAGAACCGUGUGGAUGCCAACUAUCUGAGAGAUCGGGCAGCUGUACUCACUCUUAUUAGAGAGGAGAUUAUAAUGAAGGAGAUGGAAGUGAAGGACUGGCAGACACGCUAUGAUCAGAGUCACGCAGAGGUGCUGGAAAUGAGAAAGAUUGUUGCGGAGUAUGAGAAAACCAUCGCACAGAUGAUUGAGGAUGAGCAGAGGAGCAAUGUGACCGCUCAGAAGAGUCUACAACAGGUGACUCAAGAGAAGGAACAGGCCCUGGCCGAUCUGAACUCUGUGGAGAGAUCUCUGUCUGACCUCUUCAGAAGAUAUGAGAAUCUGAAAGGUGUCCUAGAAGGUUUCAAAAAGAAUGAGGAGGCUUUGAAGAAAUGUGCACAGGAAUAUUUAGCCCGGGUGAAGCAGGAGGAGCAGAGGUACCAGGCCCUGAAAAUGCAUGCGGAGGAAAAGCUGAACAAAGCCAGUGAGGAAAUUGCCCAGGUGCGGAACAAGGCCAGUUCAGAGGGUGCAGCUCUGUCAGCCGGUCUGAGAAAGGAGCAGAUGAAAGUCGAGUCCCUGGAAAGAGCACUGCAGCAGAAGAACCAGGAGAUUGAAGAACUGACUAAGAUCUGUGAUGAGCUGAUUGCCAAGAUGGGGAGGAAUGACUGAACAAUGUCUUUCUCACUACUCCAGUAUGACAUUCCCCACCCUUUCUACCUGUCGGCCAAUCAGCAUGUGUCAUGGAAGUUGAGAAACAAAACAAAAAAAAAA